AUGGAGGACUUCCUGACAAAGCUGAAGAAAAUAUCUGAGCAGUACAACAACCUGCUACUGGAAAAAAAGAUAAUCGACAAGCGGAUCGCGAACAUCGGAGAAAAUAUACGCAAAUAUGAAGAGACAAAGGAAAAGUCCCUGAAGGACGUGGAGCUGAAGAAAAACCAGCUGUUAAAGAACAGAAAUAAACACAUAAUAAUGUGCCAGAAAAUGGAACAGCUAAACGGAAAGCUGAACGAAAUACUCAUAAGAAAGCAAAGCAUAGAUGAUGAUGAAGAAAAAAAAGUGAUAAAAAAACAAAUCGACACAGUUAACAACACAUAUGUUUUGCUGAAGCAUGUCCAAAAUUUAAAUGACGCAAUGCUUAAGGACGAAGGCAAUCGCUACUAUAAAUUAAUUACAGAAAAUAUACACAGCAAAAGCUUCAGUAAUAAGAAAACGCUGAAUAUACUCAACAGCUUCUUGCGCAAAAGUGGGGCCAACAUCCAGGAGAGGGGCAUCAACGGGGGCAAAUCCUCCGCAAGUGCCUCAGCAAAUGCCUCAGCAAAUACCUCAGCAAACACCACCGCAAACUCCACCGCAAACUCCUGCACAAAUUAUUUUAAAAUCAUUCAAACGAAUGACAUUGUCCAAAAGCUGCUAACCCUUUUUUCGGGAGACCACACCACCCUAACGAUCGAUAAGCAGCAAUUCCUGUUUGUCCUCCUGAUGAACAUUUUGCGCAAAAUCGCCUGCAGCAGCGAAAGAGCCAUUCCUCCUGAAGAAUGCAACUCGAGCAACCAC